AUGAAGAAGUUUGUUGUGUGCAAUUCAAGCAAGAAACAUUUUAAACAAACUGAAUUACACGAAGGUGAAGAACAUUUAAUCAUUUAUUGCAAAGAUCUGAAGACAGUUUUCGAAGCAUGGAGUGAACUUGAUUCAUCUGUAAAGAAAGUGACAAUCAAUGUCUUCACUGAAGAUCCAACAUUCACAAUCAAUCCUUUUCAUCUCAACCUUGAAAUCAACACAAACAUUAGAGAAAUUUCCUUCAACUGUUACACGCACGACAUUUGGCUGAAAUUUAUUCUCGACACAUGUCCGAAUCUUGAGACUUUAUAUUUCUACAAACUUACGAAAGAUAAAUUGAAGUACGCAGCUGAGAAUCUGGAACAUUUAAAACACAUGUAUUGUGACUACAUUGAAGACGAUGCUUCUGAAUUUUAUAAAAAAUUUAAAUCAACUGAAAAAGAUAUCAAUAAAAAUAUUAAAAUAAAUUAA